GUGAAGUUGGACUCUUCGUAUCGAGGUUCCAUCGUGGAAAAGGGGAUCGCAGAAAAGUUUCCAUCAACUAAUCUGGUUUUCUACGCGGAGAAUAAAAAUAAGCAAGGUGUCAUCGCGCCGAGACGAGAAGAAUCUAUGAUCCGUGAACGUACAUUUGCAUGGCUAAUGGAAAAUGGAAAGCAGAAUUGGUCCAAGCAUUUAAGCGAAAUCAAGUAUAUGCAUAACUCGGAAUGGAUAGAGGAACUAGGUAGCACGCCUUUGGAUUUAUUCUUUGGUCGGUCACGUCACAUUGAAAAGUCUCGAAAGAGGAAAGCAGAGGGCGCCCUUCAGGACGAUGAUACACUCAGCGAUAGCCUGACGAAUAACUCUAACGAUGUAAAGGACCAGCCAUCAACAAUAUACGCAACGGAUGUAAUGGAGCAGAAGAAGAACGGGUGUCCGGCGAUGAAAUCUCCGAAAUGUGAACAAUGA